AUGUCCUCUUGGCUCGUGUCAACAGUUAAUAUUGGUGGUAGCUCGAAAGUCGACUAUAGCUCACCAUAUACAGGGAGCAUCUUGGAAUUCCUGGAACUGGGAGAGAGUAAAGGCUUCGGUACCUUUAGCGCGUCAAGCGCGUUUCCCCAACAUCCACCAUCUCCCGAGAUGAGCAAAGCCGCAGAAAUACCAUACGAACUUCCAUGGGUCGAGAAGUAUCGGCCUCAUGUGCUGGACGACAUCGUUGGGAACCAGGACACGAUUGAGAGGCUAAAGGUCAUUGCACGAGACGGAAAUUGCCCUCACAUUAUUAUAUCCGGCAUGCCUGGCAUCGGAAAAACAACGAGCAUUCAUUGCCUCGCUCAUCAAUUGCUUGGAGACGCAUACAAGGAGGGCGUGCUGGAACUGAAUGCUUCAGAUGAACGAGGUAUUGACGUGGUUCGAAAUAAAAUCAAGACCUUCGCACAAAAGAAGGUUACGCUUCCACCUGGGAGGCAUAAAAUCAUCAUCCUCGACGAAGCAGACUCCAUGACGCCUGGUGCUCAGCAGGCCCUCCGGAGAACGAUGGAAAUCUUCUCCAAUACGACACGUUUCUGCCUGGCGUGCAAUAUGAGCAACAAAAUCAUAGAACCAAUCCAAAGUCGAUGUGCCAUCCUCCGAUAUGCGAAGCUAAAGGACCAGGAGAUUCUAAAACGGCUGUUAGAAAUUUGCGAGAUGGAAAAGGUGGAAUACAAUGACGACGGACUGACAGCCUUGAUCUUUACCUCCGAAGGAGACAUGCGGCAGGCAAUUAACAACCUCCAAUCCACGCACUCGGGUUUCGGCUUCGUCUCGGGAGACAACGUCUUCAAAGUCUGCGACCAACCCCAUCCUAUCAUCAUUCAGGCCACCAUUCGUGCCUGCCUCAAGGGCGAUAUCGAUACCGCGGUGGAGAAAUUGAAUGAUUUAUGGACCCAAGGAUACAGUGCAGUUGACAUCGUCGUCACCAUUUUCCGAGUGGUCAAAACAUUCGAUGAGAUGCCGGAAUAUACCAAACUGGAAUACAUUAAGGAAAUCGGAUUCACACACAUGAGGGUUUUGGAAGGGGUUGGAACACUCAUUCAACUGGCCGGCCUUGCUGCAAGGCUGUGUAAGCUGAACAUCAAACCUGAUCUUUUGACUGUCUGA